AUCCCGUCCGUGCGGCUUCCGUCUCCGGCAGUGUCUGUGGCAGUGCGCAGAGCGAUGGCGGCAGGUGGAAGCGAUCCUCGAGCUGGCGACGUAGAAGAAGAUGCUUCCCAGCUCAUCUUUCCCAAAGAGUUCGAAACGGCUGAGACGCUCUUGAACUCUGAAGUUCAUAUGCUUCUGGAGCACCGAAAACAGCAGAAUGAGAGUGCGGAGGACGAACAGGAGCUUUCAGAGGUUUUCAUGAAAACCCUGAACUAUACAGCCCGUUUCAGCCGGUUCAAAAACAGAGAGACCAUUGCCAGUGUUCGUAGCCUGCUUCUCCAGAAGAAGUUACAUAAGUUUGAGUUGGCUUGUUUAGCCAAUCUGUGCCCGGAGACUGCUGAGGAGUCCAAAGCGCUGAUUCCAAGCCUGGAAGGGCGUUUUGAAGAUGAGGAACUGCAGCAGAUUCUUGAUGAUAUCCAGACGAAGCGCAGCUUCCAGUACUGAUCACCAGACGUCACUGCUCCUUGAGAUAGCCUCCAGACCGCUCUACAGUCGGAACCCUGGGUGGGCCUCACGCAGGACUGUUGCUUCCGAAGAUACUGGGACUUCUUUCAUCGUACUUUUCGCUUUACUGAGAUAGACUGUCUCUCUGUACUUCUCAAAGUUGUAACAGUCCUCCUGCCUCAGCCUCCCAAGUGCUGGGAUUACAGGUGUGAGCCAACACUUACAGCUUGACUUUUGGAGAAGAAACAAAGACUGGCUAUUGAUGCUCCAGGUGCUGUCUUCACCGGGACUAUUAGACCAUAAUUACUGUGACUAUUAGACCAUAAUUACCAUCUCCUCUCAUUGCAGCCUUAUAAGGGCUGCUAUGGUCAAAUGUGCUGCCAUCCUGAACUAGGGAGGUAGACCGAUGUUAAAACAUUUGGUGACUGCCUCUUUCUGUGUUUUUUUUGGACCCCAUGUUAUUAUUUUUUGUUCUUGACAUUGCAAUUUUUAAUGUCAAUAUAUUUUGUAGUUUUUGAAGCUAUAAUGAUAAAUAAAAAACUUGUAUGGGA